GUGCAGCGAUCACAAAGGUGGAUGCUCACGCGAAGGUGCAGCGAUCACAAAGGUGGAUGCUCACGCAAGGUGCAGCGAUCCUUAGUCGUUUAGACUCACAAGCUAUAGGCUUUCGCAGGA